AUGUCGAGUAAACUUGUCAGCUUUGUGGAGGGUCUAGGCCUACCAUUGUCCCGGUCUGAGGCAUUGCAGAGCAGACUUGUCAAGGACACCCAGCUCCUAGACUAUCUCUCUGACCAGGGGGUCUCCCAGAAUGUCAGAAACGAAUUGGCUUGCAAGUUGCUCCAAGAGGCACUUGGGGACGCAACUGUAGAAAUACCUCAAAACGGAGCCAAAGUCGAGGGUAGUUGGUGA